AGCAGCUACGAUCAGUUAGUUAUUGAAAGCUCGGCAUUACGCUCUGAAGUAAAUAUUUUUAAGCAAUUUUUGUAUUGUUAUUAAACAAAGAUAGAUAUGAAUCCAUCUACAACGGCGGUGCAAACUGCGUAUAUUAUGGAAACUAUAACGGAAUCAAAUCACUCGUUGGACAACAGGGAAAUUCGGAUUCCCGGCCCACCAAGAAGACAAAAUCCAUAUCAAGGUUUAGAAACAUCGGAACAUAAGAGCAUGGGAUGUUUUGAAAUUUUUGCAACGACGUUGUCAAUAAUUCUAAUGAUCCUCACGUUUCCCGUUUCGGUCUUCAUAUGUUUUAAGAUGGUAACAGAAUACGAACGGGCCGUUAUAUUCCGAAUGGGUCGCUUGCGAAGUGGUGGUGCACGUGGUCCAGGCGUUUUUUUCGUAUUACCAUGCAUUGAUAAUUAUUCUAAGGUUGACUUACGCACGGUUUCGUUUAAUGUUCCUCCACAGGAGAUACUAACCAGAGAUUCAGUAACAGUAACAGUGGAUGCUGUGGUAUAUUAUCGCAUAAGUGAACCACUUAAAUCUAUUAUACAAGUUUCCAACGCUAGCGAAUCUACGCGUUUAUUAGCUGCUACAACACUUCGCAAUGUUCUUGGUACAUGUGAUCUUUCCGAAUUAUUAAAAGAACGCGAAGGCAUAUCUCAUACAAUGCAAAUAUCAUUAGAUGAAGCAACAUAUCCAUGGGGUGUUAAGGUGGAACGUGUCGAAAUCAAAGACGUUUCACUACCAAAAUCCAUGCAACGUGCAAUGGCUGCAGAAGCUGAAGCAGCUAGAGAUGCUAGAGCUAAGGUCAUUGCUGCAGAGGGUGAAAUGAAAUCUUCACAGGCCUUAAAGGAAGCUUCAGAUAUUAUAUCAGCUAGUCCGGCAGCUUUGCAGCUUCGAUAUUUACAAACAUUAACAAGCAUAUCUGCAGAAAAGAAUUCUACAAUUAUUUUUCCGUUACCUAUAGACUUAUUAAGACCAUUCAUGGGAAAUAACUCAGCAUAACUAUGUUGAGUUCACAAAAUGGUAUAGUCUAUUUCGGUUAUCUUAUCACCGAAUCGUGUUAAUUUCGAAGAAAUUUAAUUAUAAUCAACCUAUUAGAAUGUAAAAUGAGUCUUUUAGAUAUUAA